AUAUCCUAAAUAGCGCCGUCCUCCUGUACCUGGUUGAUAUGAUAAGGAAUAAAUUGGCAACGAACGCGAACUCUUCUUCUUCUUCACUCACAUGCCAUCGUCUACUCUAACUCUCUUCAACUUGUGCUGCAAUUCCAUCAUGGAAACCGUUGUUCACAAGCUUCCAUCUUUCAAACUCCUUAACCCUACCUCUUCUUCCUCCCACUACUGCUCCACCACCACCACCACUCGGACCUCCAAAUCUUUUCGGGUCGGGUCUCGCAGGCGCUCCUUUUCGAUUUCCGCUUCUGCUUCAGCCGUCCGAGAAGACAACCAGGCUCUCGGAUCCGUCUCUCUCGGCCACAUCACCCGACCCGAUUUCCCCAUCCUCCACCAGGAAGUAAAUGGUUCGAGACUUGUGUACUUAGACAAUGCCGCGACUUCUCAGAAGCCGACUGCUGUAUUGAAUGCUUUGCAAAAUUAUUAUGAAGCUUACAAUUCAAAUGUGCACCGUGGGAUUCAUUAUCUAAGUGCGAGGGCAACGGAUGAGUACGAGUUGGCAAGAAAGAAGGUAGCGGCUUUUAUCAAUGCAUUGGACUCUAGAGAGAUUGUUUUCACUAAGAAUGCUACUGAAGCCAUCAAUCUGGUAGCAUACUCGUGGGGACUGUCGAAUUUAAAACCAGAGGAUGAGGUAAUUCUCACAAUUGCUGAACAUCACAGUGCCAUCGUACCCUGGCAACUUGUAGCUCAAAAGACUGGUGCUAUUUUGAAAUUUGUGAGUUUAAAUCAAGAUGAAGCCCCAGAUGUAGACAAUCUAAGACAAAUGUUUUCAAGGAAGACAAAAAUUGUAGUUGUUCAUCACGUCUCAAACACACUUGCUUCUGUUCUUCCUAUCGAAGAGAUUGUGCUUUGGGCACAUGAUGUUGGGGCAAAAGUUCUUGUGGAUGCCUGUCAGAGUGUUCCACACAUGGUUGUCAAUGUCCAGAGCCUCAAUGUUGAUUUUCUUGUUGCUUCUUCUCACAAGAUGUGUGGCCCUACAGGCGUUGGAUUCUUAUAUGGCAAGAGUGAGCUCUUGUCUGCUAUGCCUCCAUUUCUAGGCGGUGGAGAAAUGAUCUCUGAUGUAUUUCUUGAUCAUUCCACUUAUGCAGAACCUCCAUCCAGAUUUGAGGCCGGAACACCUGCAAUUGGGGAAGCAAUUGGUUUAGGAGCAGCAAUCGAUUAUUUAUCGAGACUUGGCAUGCAAAAGAUACAUGAUUAUGAGAUUGAGUUGGCUAAAUAUCUGUAUGAAAGCCUGCUUUCAGUCCCCAAUAUUCAUGUCUAUGGCCCAGCACCUUCAGAAAAUGUUGACCGUGCUGCUCUCUGCUCUUUCAACAUCGAGAACAUUCACCCUACUGAUAUUGCUACUUUUCUUGACCAACAGCAUGGAGUGGCAAUCAGAUCAGGUCACCAUUGUGCCCAACCCCUUCAUCGCCAUUUAGGUGUCAAUGCAAGUGCACGUGCUAGCCUCCACUUCUAUAACACCAAAGAGGAUGUUGAUGAUUUUAUCCAGGCGCUCAAUGACACAGUCAACUUCUUCAAUUCUUUCAAAUGAGUUAUUUGCUUAGUUAGCAAGCUACUUUAGAUUCUGUGUCAACAAUUCUGCUGUUGCAUGCUAAGUAUGCAGGUUUAUACGUCUAUCUUUUCAUUUUCUUCAUUUUUGUUGGAGUGGUCCUUUUAGUCCUGCUUCUUCAAUUAGUAUUUAAGAGCUGUAUCCUAUAUUCCUAUGAUACCACUACCCACGAUGUGAUCCAUUUUGUAAAGAGGGAAAAGGCAUAAGAUUAUCAAUUGAAUCCAUCUCUAUAUAUU